AUGCAUAAAGCAUCCGAAAACAGUUCAUCAGAACGAACCAAGGCUUUGUUGAAUAUUGAAGAUUAUCAUAAAAAAGCCAAAGAAAAAUUAGAAAAAAUGACAUACGAUUUUUACAGCACUGGCUCGGAUGAUCAACUAACAUUAAUUGACAAUCAGGCAGCAUUUCGACGCAUUAAAUUGCGUCCGAAGAUGCUUAUCGACGUAUCUUCACAUACAAAACAAGAUUCGACAAAUUGUCAAACACAAAUUUUAAAUUCGACAAUGACAAUCGGAUUUCCGUGUAUCAUCGCUCCAACAGCUUUUCAUCGAUUAGUCGAUAACGAAAAUGGAGAAUUAGCAACUGUUCGAGCAGCUGUAGCUCAUUCAACCAUCAUGUGA